AUGACUGAUUAUGCCGAUUCAAAGUCGCUCUUUUUAGGGUUCGACUUGUCGACGCAACAACUCAAGAUCAUCAUCACCAAUGAAAAUUUAAAAGCCCUCGACACCUACAACGUCGAGUUUGACUCGCAGUACAAGACAAAAUACGGCAUCUACAAGGGAGUCAUUAGCGGCGAGGAUGGAGAAAUCGUCAGUCCCGUGCUCAUGUGGCUAGAUGCAAUCGACUAUUUAUUCACCCAGAUGCAAAAGGACAAGUUCCCCUUUGAGAAAGUGGUGGGGAUCAGUGGCUCGGGGCAGCAGCACGGUUCAGUUUACUGGUCUCACGAUGCCGAUAAACUCCUUGGCAACUUGAAGCCGGACCAAAGUUUGAGCCACCAGCUCAAGGGUGCAUUCAGCUGGGAAAUGUCUCCCAAUUGGCAAGACCACUCGACGAUCCCCGAGGCAAACACAUUCCACAACGUGAUUGGCAAGGAGAAAUUGGCGCAGAUUACUGGUUCUAGAGCCCACUUGAGGUUCACGGGUUUGCAAAUUAGAAAAUUCAUCACUCGCUCGCAUGGGAAGGAGUACGAAAGCACAGCACGGAUCUCAUUGGUCAGCUCGUUCGUGACCAGUGUGCUCUUGGGGCAUGUCGCUGAGUUGGAGCAAAGUGACGCUUGUGGAAUGAACUUGUAUGACAUUAGCAAGCUGGAAUACGACGACCAAUUGUUGGCAAUCGCGGCGGGCGUGAGCACAAGCGCCGAUGGCGUGGAGCAAUCUGAUCCCAAGUGGCAAAAGUCAAUUGACCAAUUGAAACAGAAACUCGGCCCCAUCCAUCCAAUCACUUACAAGGCCUCGGGUCAGAUUUCGCUGUAUUUCGCUUCCAAAUAUGGGUUUACUGCAUCGUGCAGGAUUUACUCGUUCACGGGGGACAACUUGGCCACCAUCUUGUCGUUGCCAUUGCAGCCCAAUGAUUGUCUCUUGUCGUUGGGCACCUCCACCACCGUGUUGUUGAUCACCGAUAAUUAUCAACCUUCGUCACAGUACCACUUGUUCAAACACCCCACGAUGCCAAAACACUACAUGGGGAUGAUCUGUUACUCCAAUGGAGCGUUAGCGCGGGAGAAGGCCCGGGAUGAAAUCAACAAGACCCACCAUUUAGAUGAAAACGACGACGAUAAGAAGAAAAAAUCAUGGGACAAGUUUGAUGAGAUUUUGGAGAAAAGCACCAGUUUUAACGGCAAGUUGGGGAUUUAUUUCCCCAUUGGCGAAAUUGUUCCUCAGGCACCCGCGCAAACCGUUCGAGCCGUACUUGACAAAUCAAAUAAUGAAGAAAAAUAUAACGUCAAACCAUGCGAGUUGAACUCAAACGGAUUCACCGUGGACGAAGACGCAUUGGCCAUCGUUGAGAGCCAAACUUUAAGUUGCCGGUUGCGCGCUGGGCCCAUGUUGAGCAAAUCGGCAGCUCCCGAGACAUCGUCCACCCAAAACGACUCCAAAAAACAGGAAAUUUACAAUCUGGUAGUAUCGAAAUUCGGAGACCUCUACACUGACGGCAAGAAACAAACAAUCGAGUCGCUCACUUCGAGACCCAAUAAAUGCUACUACGUGGGCGGCGCCUCGAACAAUUUGCAAAUCAUCACCAAGAUGGCACAAAUCUUGGGUGCAGUCAAUGGCAACUACAAAGUCGAGAUCCCUAAUGCCUGCGCGCUAGGUGGAGCUUACAAGGCGAGCUGGAGUCAUGAGUGUGAGCAACGAGGCGAGUUUUUAGGUUAUGACCAGUACAUUUCCAGAUUGUUUGACACGGACUCGGAGUUGGAGAAUUUCCUGGAUCGCGAUUUGUGGCUUGACUAUUUUGACGGGGUGGGGAUGUUGGCCAAAAUGGAGGAAAACUUGUUGCAAAAUGAUUAG